AUGGCGAUCCCUGACGAAGUGGUGCAGAAGGUGAAGGGCAUCAUCAGAGAGGCAGAGGAAGGCGAGCGCUUUGUGAAAAGCGUUCAUGCGGCUUUGAAGGAGUUGGAGGCAAGUGGCCACUUGUACAAGCUGGUGAUCCACAACCGGCAUGUUGGAUGCCACCCCCUAAGCAGGGACGGGAGUGGCAUCAACGGUGUUGACGUCCACCAGCUCCUGGACGACAUUGUGACGUGUGAGCGCCAUCGCCGUGGAAGUUCAGGACAACUCAGAGAUCAGCUGAUUCUUCGAGGAGGUGUUUUAGCCCGAGAGGUCACUUGUGAAAAUCACAGUGGUCGAGCAUGCGACGAAUGGGGCAGCAGGAAUUUGACAAGGCCAACACAGCGGAAGCAGUGGCAACCUGGUGCCAUCAAGUUCUCAGAAGCGGCACCCAGCCGGGUCACGGCAAAACAGGACAUCAUCAACUCCUUGGACGAGCUCGAGAGCCUCUAUGGCAAGAGACACCCGCUGGCAACCAUUGUCAAUUUGGAUGCUGCUUUGCCAGAAGACAUCCUGCAAGAAUGGCGCGCUGCAGCACAAGCAUGGGUGGCGGAAGGCGUCCUGGUCAGGCUUUGUCGUGGAGCGCUGCAACCAACAGUGUCCGGUGAGCGCCUGAAGCGAGAAGUCAUUCCAAUUCUGCUUGCUUUGAGACGAGUGGCAGCCUAUAUGGCAUUCAAAACAGACUCUGCCACCACUGGGCAGAUCUUCAAAUCGUUCAAGAGCUGGCAUUGCCAUUUUCCAAAGGGCAAAGCCUUGCAGGGCAUAGACUCCGGGUCAGAAGUUUCAAGGGGCUCAAUCAAGGAGAGUGAGGAGAUGGCGAUCAGUUCGCUUUCUUUGCUCUUUGACGGAUCGGCAGACAGCUUCCUGCUGAAGCAGCUUGCAUCGGACCCGAACGCAAGUGCAGAAGCGCUGAUUCAGUUGCCUGAGCUUGCCAAACAGGAUUUCCUCAAUUUCGAAGUCAUCAUGGGGGCUUGGCACUCGGAGAACCCGCCUGCAGACCCACCAGCAGCUUCCGAGGUGCCGGCCACAGAAGCACCAGCAACACCGGCAGCAUCAGUGAUGUCGGUGACAACACCACAGAAGGUGGCGCCGGAGGAAAUGACUGAGAAGCCCGAGCUAGUUGCUGAAGAGUCAGAAGAACCUCCGGGGAGCCGUGCCAGUGAACUGUGGCCCGACUUGGUCUUGCCCACGGCGACUGCAGACUCCCUUCUCACUUUGCCGCUGCAGACCCAAGAGCUCAUCCUCAGUCAGGCCCAGACACGCGUGCUGACUGGAACUGCUUCUGUUGAACGUUGGCUCAACCAGGUGGCCUUCCAAGAGAUGAAAAAAAGGGCCAACCAGUUGCACAUAUACAAUUUGGAGCGCGCCGUGAAGUUGAAUGUGCAAAGCAGCACUGGUCACCGGACAGGUUGCCAGUUCAAUCCUGAUAGCUUACUUGACGGAAAGCCACAAGAGGUCAAGGCCAGCCGCUUUCGUUUGGCAGCAGCCGCCUUGUAUCGGGAAUGGUACGGGGAGAAGGACGCACCUGCUCGUCGAGGAGGGCCUGGAGACCUUUCGCGACCAGCUUUGGGAAAUGUCCGCACAGCGGAGCGCAGCUCCACAUCUAUGAAGGCAGUGUUGCAAAACCACAGCAAGUCUGUGGACUUGGCGGUUGCUGCGUGCGGAUCUUCGGAGGCCAAGAAAGACAUUGGGCGAAGCAUCGACAGAAACGAAACGAAAGAGAGGAGGGCCCAGGCGCUUGGGUUGGAGGCUGCCGCCGCCAAACGGCCCAAGAUUGCAGAGGUUGUUGCUCAGCAGGCACAGGUCAAUGAAGUGCAGCUGCGAAUGGCGAAGGAAGCCAAGCCUGGGGCCAAGCCUACGUAUGUAGAUGCUCGUGGCGGUUUGUACAAACAGCUGCACAUCCAAGCAGAUCAACAAUCCAAAGCAGCACCGCGCUUGCCUGGGGCGGGGGUCAAAUUUUUUGUUGACUGCAAAAUCGAGAAACUGCCUGACAGAUUCAGGCGUGUGGACAAAGUCCGGUUAGCAGAUGUUUUGGCGGUGGAAGAUGUGAAAGAAGCACUGUACACCAAACAGUCCUUGCUGGCGGCUUUAUGGCCUCAGUUAACCAAGGUGCUGUUGCGUGAGGCGGCUCGACAUUCCAAUUCAAGCAGCAAAAAACUUGUUGUUGCCCAGGGCACCUUGCCCGAGAAGUUGCAGAAGCCAAGGCUGUCGUAUCAAAUCUGUGCAGACACGGACUCUGAAUCCACCAAAGACACAGAGCUGCGCCUGGCUUCGCUAGGCAAGGGCCUAAGCAGGAAAAGCAUGGGGGCCGGGAGGCUGCACACCAAUGAAUCUGUGCAGAAGGUCGUGAAGUGCUUGGAGGAACAGCAUGAGAGGAUGUCAAGUGUGCAGUUCUCCCAACUUGAGACCCAGCUGGGCUACAACUGGAAACCUUCAGGCCUCCUCCGGAACCCAACUUACGGCCUGGUGAUCCCUGAAAGCAUCACGUUCGAUUGGUUCCACGUCUUUCUGGUGCAUGGGAUUGCCAAUCGUGAGUUUGCUUUGCUGUGGGCAGCUCUCAAAGGGGUUGGGCUUUCAACCCGGCUAGAAACUUUUCUGGCGUCAUUUGAGCGGCCCAAGCAAUUUCAGGGCUGGAAGCCUAACAAGAUCCUUGGGAAACGGGACACAUCAGUGGAGCCACUGAAGUGCUCAGCCAGUGAGCUGCUCAGUGCAUAUGGGACCAUUAGGGUCUUCAUCAAGCACUUUGUCUGCAUGCAA